AUGACCAGGGAAACCACUCAAACCCCGUUCCAGCAGGUAAUCGCUUCCUGCGAGAACGACCCCGUAAGUCCCAGUGACUCAUGUGAGGCCACACACGCUGAACAACUUCCGCAGAAAUGCAUGCAAGAGGUCUAUGAGAAACACCGAUCAACCAGGAAUGCCUCAUAUCGGAAAUUGAUUCUGAGCCCCAGCUUUCCCGGCUGGAUAGUCGAUGAGGUCCUGCAAAAACUCCAUGCGGCCGGCGAGGACAGCGACCCAGCCAUUGACCCACGGCAUAACAUGGCCUUUUGGGCUCGUCCACCGCAGCAUAUCCGGGACAUGGUUUCUGAAAUCCAAAGGGAAAUCCGAGCUCUUGCUCCCACGCUCUGGUUCAUGCCUCCGGACCGGCUUCAUAUGACAACCAUGGAGAUCACAUCCAGUCGGACCGAGUCCGAAAUCGAAGACCUGGUCUCUUUUUUACAGCAACAUGCACCGCUACCAGAGCUGGUGAAUUACACCCUGACCCAUCGUGCCCGGCUCGUCAAACCAAUGGUCAACUACGAUUCUUCCGCGAUAGCACUGAGCUUUGUGCCUGCCGCAGGAGGGGAUGAUCGAUAUACCUACCAUCACCUGCGCAGCGAUCUUUACGACAGCAUAACCCGCAGCGGCUGCCCGAUUACGUCGAGGUACACGGUGCCAUCGGCGCAUGUCACGCUGGCGCGGUUUAUCACGCAAGAUGGAUUUCUCCUGGGAGAUACGGAAACGCUCAAUCCUGAGCGGAACUCUUUGCUCGUUGACACCAUUGACAAGAUCAAUGAUAGGCUCCGGGACAAGUACUGGCAGAAUGAGCAUCCACAGGGUGAGUGGAUGAUUGGGCAGGAGAAGGGAUUGGAGUUGGUCAACAUCCCGAAGACCCGCCGGACGUACUGCAAGUCCAAGGAGUGCCACAAGCACCAGCAGCACAAGGUCACCCAGUACAAGGCUGGCAAGGCCUCCCUGUUCGCCCAGGGUAAGCGUCGUUACGACCGGAAGCAGAGUGGUUACGGUGGUCAGACCAAGCCCGUCUUCCACAAGAAGGCCAAGACCACCAAGAAGGUCGUCCUGCGCCUGGAGUGCACUGCCUGCAAGGCCAAGAAGCAGCUCGCCCUGAAGCGCUGCAAGCACUUCGAGUUGGGUGGUGACAAGAAGACCAAGGGUGCUGCUCUGGUUUUCUAAGCGUUCGAUUUCCUUGUUCGGCUUCUGGGUUUCUUGCAUUGCACAAG